GAAGCGCACAGUCGGACAAAUUCAAAGAAAACCAAUUGAUCAGCCUCGUUUUGGAGGGAGAGAAGAGAGAGAGAGAGGGAGAGAGAGAGAGAGAGCAGCUUAAGGACGGCACGGUUUUCACUCCUCAGCCUCCUCUCGCCGGCAUGUGACAGCCCCCUCCUUUUUUUUCUUCUUUCUCUAGAACUUUGACUUUCCUUUGACUUCUUCGUCUCCGUUCUUUUUUCCUCCCGAAGAUGUCCAGUAGGUCACAUCGGUCCUCCAUCUCGCCGUUCCGUUCACGUAAAUCUCCCGUUCCUUCGCCUUCCACCAAGACGGUGGGUCGGCCGGUGACACCUUCCCCCACGACGUCGUCUCGGCCUCCUUCUAGACUUUCGCCUUCUCCAGCUACUUCUUCUAGUCCCAGUCCAGGUCCAAGCCCGCCCGUUGUCGUACUUGAACUCCCCGAGACCGCCAAGCGUAAAGAAAAUGUCACCGUCACUGUCCGUUUUCGUCCUCUCAGUCCGAGGGAAAUUAAUAAAGGAGACGAGAUAGCGUGGUAUGCAGAUGGGAAUUUUACAGUGAGGAACGAGUUCAAUCCUUCUAUUGCUUAUGGCUUUGACAGAGUUUUUGGUCCAGCAACAACUACACGCCAUGUCUAUGAUGUUGCUGCUCAGCAUGUUGUAAGUGGUGCCAUGCAAGGGAUAAAUGGCACGGUUUUUGCAUAUGGUGUUACAAGUAGUGGGAAGACUCAUACAAUGCAUGGGGAGCAAAAGUCACCUGGAAUUAUUCCAUUGGCUGUUAAGGAUGUAUUUGCCACCAUUCAAGAGACACCUGGGCGGGAGUUUCUUCUUCGUGUUUCGUAUCUUGAGAUUUACAAUGAGGUCAUCAACGAUUUGCUUGAUCCUACAGGGCAGAACCUAAGGAUAAGAGAGGAUGCUCAGGGAACUUAUGUUGAGGGAAUCAAAGAAGAAGUUGUUUUAUCUCCUGCUCAUGCUCUUUCCUUGAUAGCAUCUGGAGAAGAACAUAGGCAUGUUGGUUCUAAUAAUUUCAACCUUCUUAGCAGUCGAAGUCAUACUAUAUUCACCCUGACAAUUGAAAGCAGUCCACGUGGGGAGAAGAAUGGGGAAGAAGAUGUGACUUUAUCACAGCUGAACUUAAUUGAUCUUGCUGGAUCUGAAAGCUCUAAAACUGAAACAACUGGAUUGCGGAGAAAAGAGGGCUCAUACAUAAAUAAAAGCUUACUGACUCUAGGAACUGUAAUUUCUAAACUGACGGAUGGUAAGGCAACUCAUAUUCCAUACCGAGAUUCCAAGCUCACCCGUUUAUUGCAGUCGUCCCUUAGUGGCCAUGGACGGAUUUCUCUCAUUUGCACAGUGACACCUGCUUCCAGCAGCAGUGAAGAAACACACAACACAUUAAAGUUUGCCCAUCGAAGCAAACAUGUAGAAAUCAAGGCUUCUCAGAAUAAGAUUAUGGAUGAGAAGUCACUUAUCAAAAAGUAUCAGAAGGAAAUUUCCUCUUUAAAGCAUGAACUUGAGCAACUAAAGCGGGGAUUGAUGGAAAACCCUUACAUGGCUGCAUCUACACAAGAAGAUCUGGUUAAUCUAAAGCUUCAGCUGGAAGCUGGUCAGGUUAAACUACAGUCAAGAUUGGAGGAAGAAGAACAAGCAAAGGCAGCAUUGAUGGGAAGAAUUCAGCGAUUAACUAAACUUAUCUUGGUUUCCACCAAGAAUUCCAUGUCAUCUAACAUUCCUGAAAGGUCUGGACAUAGACGGAGGCAUUCAUUUGGGGAAGAUGAGCUAGUGUAUUUGCCGGAUAGAAAAAGAGAAUACAUAAUUGAUGAUGAUGCUGGAAGCUGUGCUUCUGAGCUCUCAAUGGAAGGAAGGGAUGAUGUCACAAAUCUGGAUGAGUUGGUUAAGGAUUAUAAAAGGAAUAGGCGGCGUGGAAUGCUUGGCUGGUUUAAACUAAGAAAACCUGAGAAUCUGGCUGGACAGUCAGUGAGUGCUGAUAGUGGGAGCUCUGCUAGUGGGUCUCCUGCAUCUUGUUCAAAAUCUUUGCAAGACAAAGUCACAUUUAAUGAUACAAAAGAUGUACGGAGAAAAUCAGUUAGUAGGAGAGGAGAUGAUCCUGCAAUUAUUGAUUCAUUUCCAGAAAGAACUCAAGCUGGUGACUUGUUUAGUGCAACUGUCGGUGGUCGUCGUUUGCCUUCAAGUGGGACCACUAUUACGGAUCAAAUGGAUCUUCUUCAAGAGCAGAUGAAAAUGCUAGCUGGAGAAGUCGCAUUGUCUAUUAGUUCUCUGAAAAGGCUGUCAGAGAAAGCGGCUAGCAGCCCUGAUGAUUCACAGCUUAGGGAGCAAAUGCGGAAGUUGAAGGAUGAAAUUAGUGAAAAGAGGCAUCAAAUACGUGUUUUGGAACAACGAAUGAUUGGAUCAGCUGAGAAGACUCCACAAACAUCAAAUAGUGCUGAAAUGUCACAGGCUCUGUCAAAGCUUACGACACAGCUAAAUGAGAAAACUUUUGAACUUGAGAUCAAGUCAGCAGACAAUAGGAUACUUCAGGAGCAACUUCAAAGGAAGAUAUCGGAGAAUGCUGAGAUGCAAGAAACUAUUCUUCUACUAAGGCAACAGCUGAAUUCAUUAACAGAUAAAAGCUCCAGGAUUCCAAAAGAAAGUGCAGAUAAUGAGGCCAGCCCAGAAAAAACUUGUUCUGAGGAAUUAUUACAGAACAAUGAUGGGAAGAAUGGAAUUGGUUCAUGCAAAGAAACUUAUGGUGAUGAUAAUACACCAACUAGUGUCAUAAGCUUGAAUCGAGUAUUUUCCCAGGAGGACUCCAAAGAGUGUGACAAAAAUACCUUGUUGAAUUCCCAAGUUCUUAUUCAGGCUGCUGAGAUAGAAGGCCUGAAGCAAGAGAAGGUGAAAUUAACGGAAGAGAAGGAUGGGCUUGAAAUUCACAGUAAUAAACUGGCAGAGGAAGCUUCAUACGCAAAAGAGUUGGCGGCAGCAGCUGCAGUUGAACUUCGAAACUUGGCUGAAGAAGUAACCAGGCUUUCGUAUGAAAAUGCUAAACUGACUGGUGAACUGGCUGCUGCAAAAGAGGCACGCUGCAGAUCCAACUGUUGUCAGAGGACUGCUCCACAUGAUUUUAGACAAAAUAACAUGGGUGGUGCUUGGCCUGAUGGUCGUCCCAGGAAACAAGAGAAUGGAAUUCUCAUUGAGGAGUUGCAGAAAGAACUUAACACGAGAAACCAAAGGGAGGCUGCCCUGGAAGCUGCACUUUCUGAGAGAGAUCAAAAAGAAGGUGAUUUGCGAAGAAGAAUUAAUGAAUCAAAGAGACGUGAGGAAGAUCUGGAGAAUGAGCUUGCCAAAAUGUGGGUGCUUGUGGCAAAGAUGAGAAAACCUGGUGUUAAUGCUGAGGACAUAUUAUCAAAUAUUUCGCAAACAGGAGAAAGAAAUGGGCUUUUGCCAUCCAAUGAUCACUCAUUUAAAUUGUUCAAAGAGGAAGAAAAUGGUGAAAAUUUACAUGGGAUGAAAACAUAUGAAGAGUUAAGAGCUUGCUAUCAGGAAGAAAGGAGAAGAUGUGGAGAACUAGAAAGGCUUGUUUCCAGAAUGAAGGGUGAAGAUAUCGGUGGUUUGGAUGUUACAACACUUGAAGAACUACAGAAUUUUCAUGUUGACGCUAUAACGAAAAUCUGCCAUGCAAAGUGUGCAAAUUAUAUUUUGUAGCAUGCAGAGUUUAACCGUUCACAGAGGAUCUUGCUUAUGAUUUUUCCAACCAUCAAGGUUUAACGUAUUCUUUACAUAAUGGGAAAUAUUAACCAAAUUGAGUCAUUUCUGAGACGGCUUCUUUCUACCAAUCAUCAUAAUUCUGUGGACAAGCAUGCAUCGUUUUCCAUAUCGGAAAUCCGUGUAGCUAACUUGCAGCAGAAAUGCCAGAAAACAUGUCAAAAGUUUUCCAGGUUAUGUUUGAAUUUCUUCUGCUAAAAAUAUUUGUAUUACCUUUGUAUCUGGGAUAAUACCCAUUUACAUCUUAUACCUUGUAGGUUACAAAAAGAGGAACUGUUCGAAUGUAGUUCUACAAGCAAACAAAUGUAUGUAUAUGCUACAUCUGAUAGUAUGAAGUUGUUUUGCUUUAUCUUUUACUAUAUCAGAGCUCCCUUUUGUGAACCCGCAUGUUGCUCUUGCUGGAA